AUGACCACCGCGGCAGACAGAGAGAGAAUCCAGCAAGAGCUGGUGCCGAAGCUUAGUGCUGAAGCGAUCCUCCACUGGCCUGAAUCUGACGGGUUCAACAAGUCGAACUUGCGGUUCACUGACUAUGAGCGGCCGACUUACCUGGUGUCCAUCUCACCAGGUUGUGACGACGAUGUGAUCGAGAUCGUCAAGUACGCGAAAAGCAAGGGCGUUCCCUUUGCCCCGCGUUCCGGACACCAUGCCGUCACGACGACGAUGCGACAUCUCAAAAACGGCAUCCUGAUCGACAUGCGAUCGUUGAACAAGCUCAGCUUCGAUGCCGAGAAUCGACAAGUCACGGUAGGAGGUGGUGUGAUCACAGACGAUUUCGUCAAGUUCCUUCAGUCUGUUGGGAUGGAAGUUACUUUUGGGGCCGGACUGGGUCGGCUCCAGGGCAAGUACGGUUUCUUGCACGACAACAUGGUGUCUUGCAAGAUAGUCCUCGCCGAUGGUAGUGUCGUGGUGGUCUCACAAGAGACAAAUCCCGAUUUGUUCUGGGCCAUCCGUGGCGCCGGUCACAACUUUGGUAUUGCGCUGGAGGCAACGUUCCGCGUUUACCCGCAGGCGAAUAAGGGUAUUCACUACACCUGGGAUUUAGAGUACACUGUCGACCAGUGCGACGCUGUCUUUGAGACGCUGAACAGUGUUCAUGAGGAAAUGCCAGCCGAGCUGGCCAUCUUCAUCUUGUGGAUUCGGCAGUCUGAUGGCGGCAGAAAGCAUCACAUUCUCGUCAACCUUGUCUGGUCCGGAAACGAAGCCGACGCAGAUCCCUGGGUCGCCCGAUUCGAAAAGCUCGAUCCCGUGCUGAACAGCGGCAAGGUCACGACCGAUUGGGCAGACCUCCCUUGGACAACAUACAAAGGACAGAAUAAGAUCCUCAGCAAGCCCGAAGUCUGGUCUCUGGCCCCGAACAAGAUGAUGGGCGCCGCCUGCGUUGAGAAGUUCGAUCUCAAAACCACCAAGGCCUUCUUCGAGACCGUCAAGUCUAUGAACGAGGAGUGGGCUGGGAAGGGCUUUUUCGGAGCCAUGUUUGAGUGUCUGCCGCACCAGAAGGUCAGGGAGCUUCCGGAUGAGGCGACGGCUUUCCCCUGGCGUUGGGGAUCGAACCAUUUCUUAAUGUUGAUGGCAACCCCGAUCAAACUGGAGAACAGAGAACCAUUCGAAGCUCAUCUCGACAAGUGGAAGAAGGAAUUCAUCGCCACUUCCGGAUACGGCCGACUACAGCAAUACGUCAAUUAUGGCAACACAACAUCUACGAUGAAGGAUCCCGCAGAGGCGUUGUACGGUUACGAGCCCUGGAGGUUGGAGAAGUUGCGAGCGUUGAAGAAGAUUUACGAUCCCGAUAAUGUGUUUCGCUGGUACCAGCCAUUGGUGGAAUAA